AGGUCUUGGAGAGGAACUCCCACAGGAAAGAGAGGAGAGGAGGCAAAAAAAAAGACAGAGAGAGCGAGAGAUACACGGCGCGCGCUUGCCGGUUUGUUCGGUCUUUCGGUCUUUCAUCCCCGCUUCUCUCUGACAUCCCCGCUUCUCUGAAUCCCUUUCUGUGAAUCAUCUGUCUUUCAACAAAGAACAAGAAAGUUUCUGGUUUUUGGGUUUUUUUUUUUUCUUGACCCGAGAAAAAAAAAAGGACAAAACUUGGAAUCUGAGGCAAAUUCUCGAGAGCCAGGUGUUUUCAGAAUCGAGAUCCAGAUAUUUUCGUAAUUUUUUUUCCCUUUUGCUAGAUCGGUUGCUUUCAUGCUCUUGGUCACCUCUUCUUCUUCUUGUUGCUUUUUCUCUGUGUUUCUUCAGCUGGAUCAGCCCAGAGGGUGAUUUUUGGUCCCUCGAAGGUUGGUCUUUGAGCUAAGCUUUCUGGAGUGAAGGGGUUGUGUAUUAAAGACCUCUUUGGUCCAUAUCUGUUUGUCAAAAUCGCUUCUUUUCCUUUGCUUUUCUGCAAAAAACAAAACUUCAGCCUGUGCUUUGAUUUUGGUGAGCAGCAGGUUGCAAAAAAAAAAAAAAAAGACCCUGUUUUUUUUGCCUUCCCUUACCUUCUUGUUAGUCCAGAUCUGAAUUUAAUUUGCAGGUACAUGCAUUAGACAUUUAUGGCAGCGAUCAUGGAUUUCUACAAUAGCAUAACAGCAGCAGCAGCUCUUGAAUCAGAGUCAUUCGAUACUGGUGGCAAUGAGCUGAUGGAAGCGCUUAGCCCUUUUAUCAAGAGUGCUUCCCCAUCCAACCCUUCAUCGUUUUCUUCUCCUUCCUGCGAUUACUUCUCUUUCUCGACGCCAUCCUCCUCUUCCCUUUCCCAGCCCAUGUCGUACCCGGACCCUUGCUCCACCACCUCCAUUACCCAGCUAUUUCCUGACGGGUUCUCGGUGCAGCAGUCUGGUCCGACAGGGUUCAACCUCAACUACCCGACCCAAGUACCCCAGAUGGGGAUGGGUCAGACCAUCCAACCUCAAGCCUACCUUCAAGAUUAUUCUUCUUUUCCGGUUUCUUAUUAUCAGUGUCAAGAGCAGCAGCAGCAGUAUCAUCAUCACGGCGGCGGUGCCGGGUUUCUCGGGCCGAAGGCCGUGCCGAUGAAGCAGGUGGGUCUGGUCCAGAAGCCCGCGAAGCUGUACAGGGGAGUGAGGCAGAGGCACUGGGGCAAGUGGGUCGCCGAGAUCCGGCUACCCAAGAAUCGCACCCGCCUCUGGCUCGGCACCUUCGACACGGCCGAGGAGGCCGCCCUCGCGUACGACAAGGCGGCCUACAGGCUGAGGGGCGACUUCGCGCGGCUCAACUUCCCGCACCUCAAGCACAAGGGGUCUCACAUCGAAGGCGACUUCGGCGACUACAAGCCGCUCCACUCCUCCGUCGACGCCAAGCUCCAAGCCAUCUGCCAGAGCCUGGCUGAGAAGCCGGCCGACGGCAAGAAGAGGCGCUCGGGCCCUGCUGGCGGCAGCGCUGCUGCCUUGCCGCAGCGGCCCGAGGAGGUGGAGGUGAAGGCGGAGGUGGGAGCGUCGGCGGCGACGUCCUCGCCGGAGAGCGACGACGCGUCGGUGGAGGAGUCGUCGCCGCUGUCGGAGCUGACGUUCAACGACUUCGUGGAGCCACAGUGGGAGAGCGUUGGGGUGCCAGAGAACUUCUCCUUGCAGAAGUACCCAUCGGAGAUCGAUUGGGCUGCUAUCUAUUCUUGAAGUUUUCCAGUUCUAAUCAUCGUGUCAUGUUCAGUUCUUGAGAGUAGUUCGUUCUUUUGUCGUUUCUUUUUCAUCAAAUUUCAAGAAAGCUUAGCAUGUAAUAUGUAGGGAAGUAUUAGGAAGCAGGUGUUGCUGCACUGGAGUUUUUGGCAGUUGCAGGGGCCACUGUUAAGCCUUGUCCAGUCAAAAUUUAAGCUGUUAAGCUGUUAAAUUGUCGUGUAAAUCCGACCAUGGUCAGCCGGGGUUUUAGUCGGCGACGCCAUGGAUCAUCGUCAUCGUCAUCGUGCAUUUCUUGUUAAUUUUUGUAGUGGAAGUAAUUAUUAUUGUAUUGUCAGAA